UUUUCAAUUCAUAAGAACUUAUACCUAAAAUCAAACAUAUAUAAUGCUAGCUAGAGGUCUUGGACGCUCCACCAACAUUCUCCGUACCACAUGGACCAGACCUGUGGUGCGUAGUUUGAUCAGAACUUUAUCUACUGAAGCUCCACGAGUCGUAUCUAUUGAUAGAGAAUUACCAGAUCCAUUCCAAAAGAAGAAACAAAACAGAUACUAUUUUGUUUGUUAUGGUCUUGGGGUUACUCUCUCUUGUAUUUUCAUCUUCAACUAUGAGAAAACUAUGUCACCUAUCACCAAUUCUGUGAUGUAUUUUUUGAGAAGAUCACACAAUGCUCUGGAAGUCUUGGGUGAUGAUAUUACAUUUGCCAGCCAAUGGCCAUGGAUUUGGGGUCCUUUGAACGCAGUAAAGGGUGAUGUUGAUAUCGAAUUUGACGUCAAGGGUACUAAAGGUACCGGUACUCUUAAAUUGAGGGCCACCAGAGAAUCGAAACAAGUUCCUUUCCAUGUUCAUCAUUGGACUUUGGAUGUCAAGGAUGGUGAAUCCACUAGAACCGUUGAUUUGUUGAAGGACUCUUCAGUUGAAUUUGGUAUCUAAUGAAGAAGAAUUCGACGACAAAAAUUGUAGAUCGAGGAGGGGGUGUGAAGAGAAUGGAUAACAAUAAAGAAUCCUCAUAAACUUUGCCGUUCUUUUCUCAGAAUGUGCUGUCCGUACAUUUGAGAACGGUGUUGUGUUGAAGGUGCCCUUUAUGAGUUAGUCCAAUUGUAAAUAGAAAUUAGUUGUUCAAGUCCAUCAGCAAACCCUUGGGUUUUGAUUUUGUACUUGGAACAAACUUGCAUAUAAUAAGCAUGAAGGAAAUAUGACUAGAAACAAUUGUACUUGAUGUAGAGU